AUGGUGUCGCGUGCUCUCCGCCCCCGCCGCGCCGUGGUGGCGGUCGGCGCCGGCGCCGGGAGAAGCGACUGGUCGUCGCUCCAGGUGGAUCUUCUGCGCUCCGUGCUCAUGCGCCUCGCCGGGGACCGCGAGCGCGCCCGCUUCGGCGCCGUCUGCAAGGGGUGGGGGGCCGCCGCCACCGCGUGGCCGUCGCGCCCCUGGCUCGUCGGAUCCCGCGCCGACGACUGGUCCGGCCUGAGCGCCGCCACCGUGUCGUCGUUCUGGCUCUCUCAGGGGGAGCGUGGCCUCGCGCCGUUCGACGUCGACGUGCCCGCCGGAUCUGAGUACCUGUCGUCCUCCCGUGGCUACCUCGCGCUCUGGAACCCUUUGGAUAGCCCUAGGGCGAUCACCCUCUUCAACCCCGUCACCGGACGCCGGAUCCGGCUGCCGCCCAUCGGGUUCUUCAAGCGGUGGCACGACGUGGCCACCAUCGUGCUGUCGGAUGAUCCGGACACGGCGGAGGAGUGGUCCGCCGUGGCCGUCGGCUUCCCGGCGAACUCCCUCGCGUGGUACAGCUCCGCCACCGGUGAGUGGACGCCCCUCAGCUUCAGCUUCGCCGGCUACGCCGGCGUCGAGCACUUCAGGAGGCGGUUCUACGUGGCCUUCAAGUCGCAGCUCUGCGUCCUCGAGCUCGACGGCGGUGCACCCGCCGUCAUCCCGCUCGAGCUACAAGCCGGCAACGACGACGACCACAGCUCGGAAAGCGGAUGCCGGAACAACGGCGGCAGCGGCUUGCGCGACGAGGAUCCGCCGAGCAAGCGCAUCGUCGAGACCCACCUCGUGGAGUGCGACGGCGAGCUGCUGGUGGUGUCGAUGCACGACGAGGUGGCGUACAACACGGCGAACUCGGAGGGCGUCCUGGGCAACUUCGGCCGCAAGGCCCGCCACAGCGACGACGAGCGCUGGGUGGACGUGCACCGGGUGCAGUGGCUGGAGGGUGGCGCGGUGCGGCUGGUGCGGGUGCAGGAUCUCGGCUCCCACGCCCUCUUCGUGGGGCGGAACCAUGCCUUCGCGCUCUCGCCGGAGGAGUUCCCGGCGUGCCGGGCCAACUGCAUCUACGCCGUGGAGAUGCAGGGCCACCCUGGCGGGCUCGUCAGGGUGCUCAACUUCAACGACGACUCGACCGAGUGGGCUUUCCCUGAUGAGGACAUCUUCCCCGACGACGGCGCGGGAGGGUCGCCGUCGGCAGCCUGGGCUCGCCGUGGCUGGGUCUUCCCCAAAUACUAG